AUGCUCACGUAUGCUGCAUUCACGACGGUCGCCAUCGUGUGGCUUGUCUAUAGACUUUUCCAAUUUCUAGGAAUUCCGGUGUGGAGAAUUGUGUCCACGCUGGGACUCCAAGUCCCGCAUACUGCAAAAGUAUCCAUCGAUGGGAUCACAAGCACGGCUAUCACACUAAGGUGGGAAAACGAGCCCUAUGAGACCACCUACAAAUCAAACAGUCCCAUAUCCCACUACGUUUUGUAUCUCAACAACGUGAAAAUUGGUGCGUUUCCGAAUGUGGCGACUUCACUCUACACUUGUUGUUCGUUGACGGGCUUAUCACCACAAACUCAAUAUCAAUUCGACUUUGUCACAGUAAACAAACAUGGCUUCAUGAACAAGGUUCCUUCCAUUUAUGUCAUGACUAAAUGUGAAACCGAUAAAGCGAGUGAUCGUUAUUUGACCAUCAAUGUUGAAGAUAACGAAACUGCGUCUCUGAGGACCCCAAACUUCCCCGCAGAUGCUAAAUGGAGGAAAUCACAGGUCUCCACACCAGUUGAUUCACCUACUUCGUACGCUAGCUUGACUUCUUUGCAGGACUUGGAAGACUUUUCAAUUAAUGACUUAAAAAAAAUCCUCAUAUGCGCCCAGGAAGAUCUUCACGAUGUUCUUCAGCAGCAGACUUCCAUCCUACAGGAUUUCCGAGAAAGUGAAAUUCAGCUCCAGUUAGAAUUGGAUAAUCUCAAGACUCAAUGGUCACAUGAAAUUGAUCUGCGCAAAUCGCUUAAAUCGAGUAUAAAAUCUCUCGAGAAUUCGAAACUUUUAUAUGACUUGAAAAGAGGCAAAUUGGAAAAGAAUAUAGAACAGGUGCGGGGAAAGAUUGAGAAAAUGAAGAACGAUAUGAUAAAAUGGGAGGUCGAGCAAAAGGAUCAAUUAAAACAAGACAUAUUGGAGGAAAAGUACUCCCAGGAAAAAGCUCAGGUCAUGGAGGAGAUUAAUAAAGCUAGGAAAAAAAUAAGUGUACUACAAGAGGACAUUUCUGCUCAGGAAGAAGAGAACAAGAAGCUUAUUUUGAUUAAAAAGUCAUUAGAUGCCAACGGUAGCUCCCCACACCUUGCACAAAUGAAUCCUUCAGCAAAAAGAGAAUCUCAAAAGGACUCGCAUCCCCCUCUUUCUCUCAGUGCAAUUCUAAAAAAAAUCAAUGAAUUUACAAUUGAAAAGAAUGGUCUUUUGACUGGAGCUGGUCAAGAGUUUUUGAAUUCUUUAUCUGAAAACUCUUGUGUGACUUCAAAAAUCAGAGAAGAAAUCGGUAAAGAUAUGGAAUUAGAAGCGGAAUGGAGGGCUAAAAAGUCCAAGCUCAGGAAAAAAGUCGAUCUUUUGGAGAAAACUUGGAACGAACUAAAUUUCAGCAAUAAAAGUAUGAUCGCAAAUCUCGCUGCGCAACCCUAUACAGUCGGAAAUGCUAAACAAACACCGCUAGGUUCUUCUGGAGUGGCCCCGCAAUUAGUGUUGCAUGAUCCUACUACUUAUGUUGAUGCUGAGUCUCAUCAGCAGUCCUUUGGAAGUCCACCUUUUACCACUGCUAGUGAUUCGAUGGCGUUCAGCAACUGGCCUAUCCAACAAACCGACUCGCACCUUCACGAUUCUGCACGCUCUCCCCAAGUCCAAUAUAUUAAUGAAGACCAAAACUUCGAGUACGAUAAUACAAAUCAUUUGUUAAGUGGUUUGCAAAACAUGAUUUCCGAGGCCGAUUACCAAACGUCUAAUAUUAGCACCUCGAAACUAUACACGACAGAUCAACUUGAUAGUUAUUGGAAUACGAAUAGCAGACCAGCAGGGGUUUUGGGCGGUAAUGGCAUGUAUUCAAAUGCCGGUGUUGAAUCACCAUCUUUACCCUUACUAUCUCCUUACCUAAUCGGACAACGUGAUUCCUUCAACCAAAAUACACAAAGCACGCCUCCAAAUAUGCACACAUCUCUUAACGAAUCCGCUACGCCUCUAUUGGGUAACGACUCUAUAUUUACAGAACCCGAGCAGAUGAGGGCGACCGAAAAAGUGAAUCAAAUAUCCAUGCACGAAGAUGUUAUAUCUUUAACCUCGAAUUCAAAGCAAGAUCUGUCGGCAACCCCGCCGGUUGAAAUAUUGAGGCAAGAUGGUGAUCCUGCUGCUGAUGGCGCGUUCCAUUCGACGAAUUUCAAUAGUAUCUGGAGUAACCCAAAUACCAAUUCUGCAUCGAGCUUUUCUGAAACACCGAAAUUGAGCACACCAAAGCAUGGUCAUCAUAGGUCAGGUAGCAGAGGGAGCUGGGGGCUCUCGCAAUUCAUGCAUCGCUCACCUGUCAGCACAACGACAGAAUCCAAGUCAACAACUGAGUCCGCAUCCUCUCCACGACACAAUGGAGAUUCUAAAGAUAAGGACCACCAGUCUGGAAAUGGUCGCCGUAUGUCGAAGCUUUUAUCAAGAAGCGGAAUGAAUCACUUGUUUAAAUUACCUAGUCACGAUACGUCAUAG